GAUGAGGCAACUACCACCAUAAACACCCAACAUCAACCUCUGUACACCCACCAAUGCAUCGAUGGGUCUGCAUCUCAUGUCAACGUGCCACCACCAUCAGCAUACCUACGUUGUAGAGCCGAUGACGAUGACGAAGAGGACGACGCUCACAGUUCCGCUGCGAGGAAAGAAAACAGAUGAAGCGAGGGAACAGAACGGAAAGGAUGAAGACAACGAUAAGCGAGACCGAUGAAGAAGACGAGCUUGAUAGCAGACGAUGCGAAAAGGCGAAAUUCCCUUUUGACGACCCACCAUCACAUUCAGUUCACCUUACCGCUCAAACUUUAAAGGCGAGAAGGAUAAGCAUCAGCGCGAUGAACGAACACACUGCCGUCUAUCAUCUUCACCGAGUCAUCAAUAACGCAGCACAGUCUCUCAUCCCCCGUCUCCUCCCCCUUCAUCUUCGUCUGUUCGACAACCCGUUUGGAUCGUUAUUGGACGUGAACCGCAUUCUUUCUUCUUCUCUUAUACCCUUUUUGGUUCUUUUUGAUCUUCUUUUUGGGUUCUGGGGGCUUCUUGUGUCCAGCGUGCUCUUCACUUCUUUUCCCGAACGGGACGGUCGAGGAGAGCACCUGGAGGUCGGGGAAUGCAGGCUUGUUCACCCCUGGCCGCCGAUCUCGUUUAUGGCGACUCUCUCUCGUCGGUGUCGGUGCCUUGCGGCUCUCUCCACGGAAUUUGGGGCAGAGGGGGUGUGGGCGUGCUCUUGGAUGGCUGGGCUGCAGAAGAAGCACGUCGAGAGGCGUGCUUUGACGAAGCACCAUAGCAAAAAGCACUGAUGCGGUGAUGUUGGCUUUUCUCGUCUCGCCGUGUUUCUCAAGCAGCAGCAGCAGCAGCAGCAGCAGCGACUACUAUCCAAAUGCUUCCUUGGGAUUAGACUGGAAAACUGACGAUUGCCUUCUCUUUUCUUCAGUGGCUCGCCAAGGUCGGACUGCCAUGGAGCAGCCUCAAGAGGGUUCUCUGAUGCGCUCAAAGUCUAGCGUAGGUCUUUCAAGUCAAUAAUGUAGCCGUGAUGAUGGAUGGAAAGGUGGAAAUGAAAGUGAUGUUGCAUUAGAAUGAUUUUAGUCUGCGUUGCCGCCGUACACGGCCAAUAAUGCGUCGCCUACGCCC